AUGGCCGAUGAGAAGGUCUACUCUGCGAGCGCUACCACCCGCGUCAACAUUGCUGUCGUCAAGUGUAUUUUUACCCCUCUAUCACCCGACUCAGCUCCACCCGACCCCCAUCGGAUGUUCCCCCCCCAUCCCUUCCUGCCACAACCCGGGAAUCGAAUGAUCCCCUAUCUAAAAUAUUAUUAAAUAGGUACUGGGGUAAGCGUGACACGAGGCUCAAUCUCCCUACCAGCCCCUCUCUCCCGCAAGCCGAGCUAAAAACCCACACCACAGCGGUCUGCAGCAGAGCCUCUACCCAGAACGCCUUCUGACUAAGUUUUUAGGCUCACGACGUCUCAGGAGCCCGGCAAACUGCCUGUUUCGGCGAACUCAAAAUUUUGAGACAGGACCUCGAGGACGCCAACCUCACUCUGUCUCAGUCGCGAGCGUACUGUAUGAGCUGCCUGAGUCACCGACUCAGUUGUCCAAGGUCGCAAGAUAGGGGCCCAGGUGGGCCGGGAGAUCGCGGUUCGGUGGAUAUGUUGCACAGGAGGUGGGACUGACGGUGGAUUGGAGCGAUUCGUAGGGGGUGGAAGUGGCACUAGCAUUCCACUGGCUGGACUUGACAGCCGUUACUCCUGCCGCGCCUGCUGAGAAGGAAGUGGUUUCUGCUACGGCUAGUAUGCAUGCUACUGUGAAUACCUCUGCACUCUUCACCCACCAUGUUCGGGACAUUGUUCCCUUGAGAUUAAGACUACGAAGGCCGAUAUUAGGAAUAGGAUCUUUGAACAGUUUGCUGCUCACACCAUGGCGGAUUCGAAACAGCUCCAUGCGGUUUGUCUGGAUACCACACAUCCGGUAUUCUAGACGAAUGGCGUCUCCAGGGUUGCUCUUCCUGAUGUCAAAGCAUUGAAUACGCUCGAAGGUAGGGCUCCUAGAGCAUGGGAUUUCGACCCAGGCCCAAAUGAGGUCAUUUCUGAUCAAGCUAAAGAUCAAGAGAAAGUCCAUGGUCUCUUGGGAGUGUUCCUUGCACCAGAGGUUACAGAGUGGGCUGGAAAGUACGCAAUGGUUCCGCCGGAGGGAUACUAUACUGAGCCCCCCGAGUCAUUGAAUAAUGGUGUUAGUAGGGCUAUCUCACCUAGGGCUAGAGAGGCCCAGCGGGGCUAA